CAAUUAUGUAAUAUACAUGUUGUCAAGUUAUGUAAAUCCUACGAAUGAAAGUGUAUAGAUUGAUCCAAUUAAUUACAUAAAAAUACAUAAAAGAAACAAUUUUAUUAAUUAAAUGAUUAAUAAAGUUUUUUAGGUGUACAUUAUUGAUCGGUACCACCGCUUGCUGUACAUCCACUCUAGGAACUGAAUGUUUAAGUGAUAAAAAGGGGGCAGUAAAUAUCAGACGGACCUGCUUCCUGUUUUGAAACUGGUUGCUUGUUGCUCAUGAAGAUGGUGAUGAUGAAGAUAGUGAUGAAGAAGAAGAAGAUGAUGAUGUUGUCAGUGUCAGCUGUAUAGACACCCCUGCCUUAGACACGAUGGCCGUUAACUCGGGCUGCAGUAGCACCGUGUUGAUGUCGGUGCGGGUGUCGGUUCGGCCACUCAGUGUGGGCUCGGAUUCACUGCGGCUGCAGCUCAGCAUGAACGCGAACCGCGCGGGACUCUUCACGCUCACGCUCAGACACACCGACCGCGGAGGACGCAGCGUGUCUCUAGCAGAGUUUGAUCUACGCUCAGUGAAGUACGAGAUCACGUCGACUCGAUGUCACGAACUGCGUCUCACCAAGCCGCCCCACGACUGCCUCACGUUUACCUUCCGCAGCGAACAGGAGGCCCAGGAAUGGGCAACUGUCAUGAUGUCAUCACUGAGAGAGACACAUAGAGUUGCCAAAAUGUUGCAUGUCUCACAUGAUGGACUGCAGGAUAUGAAGUGUGAAGAGAAAAAAGUCUUGUCGCUGUCAAUGAAAGAGGAGCUGUGUAUAGAGCUUGCUCGAGCAAUAGAGACCGGAGACACUCACGCAGCUGUGCACUACGCCUCGGAUCUGGCCCGGCAGCAGAUCGCACUGACUAUUCAACCAGCGCUGCGGGACGCUGAGGACAGAGAGAUAAGCUUAGCUGUGGUCGUAGAAGAUGCAUCAUCUUCCUGUUGUGUCACAGUAAAAGUCCACCCGCAGGUGACUGUCGCUUCUCUGAAGCAGCAGAUGUUUGCUGAGUAUGGUUUUUACCCCAGGGUGCAGCGCUGGGUGAUCGCUCAGUGUCUGUGCUCCGAUGACCGUUCUUUAGCGUCGUACGGCAUCUACAGGGACGGUGACACAGCAUUUCUAUACCUCUUGUCUGCCCGUCACGCCUGCCUCGAUCACCAGCAGGACCAGGAGAACGGCCUCCCGAUGCCGACUGUAGCGCCACCACUAAACGCCGCGCUGGCCCACACGCCGGCCAUCAGUCAAGACUGGAGAGGCUACAGCACGUUACCGCCCCGCUUCAGCCACAGCAGCACAGGCAGCAGUGGGUGUGGCCCAGAGAAACAUAGCGUCAGUGACAUCAUUAACCUUGAGAUGUUGCAACUUGGACGCUCCAAACUGAAAUCAAGUAACACACAGCCAGGCUGGUCCUGCCCUUCCUGUACAUUCAUAAAUAAGUCUACGCGACCCGGCUGUGAAAUCUGCAGCACAGAUCGGCCAAACCCUCCCAAUAUCAGUAGCGUUCAACAGGAAAAAGCAAGAAGAUCUAACCAGUGAUACUGUGUUGUAAAUACACACAGGUACCAAGACUAAAACACU